CUCCUUCCAUUGGCUGGUGGUCGCGUCAAUAUUCUUGCGUUUCUAAAGCGCUCGCCCUCGAGCAAAAAGCUAGUGUGAGGCUUUCACUGACUGUGACUGUGACACAGGAAUGUCCUUCCCUGCCGCCUUGGAUGCUUACGGGUAAUAAAUCUACAGCCAGACACUGGACCAGUGUGGAGUGCAAGCCCCGGAGUGGAUGACGACAAACGGUUCAUCAGCAAGCCCUGAGUUGGCUGAUCCCAGAGCAACGAGGAGACCUUGUUUACUGUGAAUGUGACUGGGCUUUGGAGACUUGUGGCCUGAAGGAUUUGAUUUCUGAGAUGUCAUUUAGACAAGCAGAGGGGAUGUCCAUCGCCCAGGCUUUGGCCAUGACUGUAGCAGAGAUCCCGGUGUUUCUCUAUUCCACAUUUGGGCAGUCCAUAUUUUCUCAGCUAAGGCUUACUCCGAGCUUGAAGAAGGUGCUGUUUGCCACAGCUCUGGGCAGUGUAGCUCUGGCUCUUACCGCUCAUCAGCUGAAAAGGCGAGGGAGAAAAAAGAAGCAGGUAACACAAGGGAAGGAUGGCCAGAAGACGGCGGGGAUACCUGAGGCACUGAUGAAGACAGGAAGACCCUCAUCAUUAAAAAGAGGUCCAUUUAGUGGUCGACAGAUGAUGAGUCCCAGCACUCGGAGCAACGACACCAUGAGUGGAAUUUCCUCCCUGGCCCCCAGUAAACAUUCAAGUUCUUCACACAGCCUGGCAUCUAUGCGGGUCCCAAGCUCUCCAAAUCAGUCUGCCAAUCCGUCCACCCCCUGGGAAGCAGAGCCUGUGGUGGAAGAAUCAGGGGUAGCAGAAGACGCAAAUGCAGAGAAUCUCUAUUUAAUGGGGAUGGAGCUGUUCGAGGAAGCUCUACAAAAGUGGGAACAAGCCCUGAAUAUUCGCCAUCACACCCGCUCAACCUCUAGCAACAACAGCCUCGCUCUGCAGGGGGCAGCGUGUGGAGACUUGCCUGUGGCUGAAGCCCAUAAUAAAAUGUUUGCUGAGAAGCUGGAGACACUACUGCACAGGGCAUACCACCUACAGGAAGAUUUUGGCAGCAGUAUCCCGACAGACAGCGUGUUGGCAGACUUUGAGAGUGAAGGAACUCUCAUCUUGCCUCAAGUGGAGAGCUUCCACAGACUUCAAGAUGAUGAUGCGACUACUGUUACCUCUGAAGAUUCCUUCUUCUCAGCUGCAGAGCUGUUUGAUGCCAUGUCUCUACAAGAGGUCUACCAGCCACUUAAGCCAGCAGCUCUCUAUGAAGAGGCCUUGUCUCUGGUCCGGGAUAACAAAGUGGCCUAUAGGUCCCUGAGGACUGAAUUACUUGAAUGUUUUGGUGACCAAGACUUCCUUGCCAAGCUUCAUUGUGUGAGACAAGCAUUCCAGGUUCUAUUGUUAGACGAAACUCACCGCACAUUUUUCAUGGAAACUGGGAAGCAAAUGAUUGCAGGGUUAAUGGUGAAGGCAAACAAGAGUCCCAAAGGCUUCCUGGAGAGCUACGAGGACAUGCUGCUUUACACUCAGAGAGAGGAAACGUGGCCCACAACUAAGAUGGAGCUGGAGGGCCGAGGGGUAGUGUGUAUGAACUUUUUCGACAUUGUGUUGGACUUUAUCCUGAUGGACGCAUUUGAAGACCUGGAGAGCCCUCCCUCAUCUGUGGUAGCUGUGUUGCGAAACCGCUGGCUCUCUGACAGCUUUAAAGAGACGGCUCUGGCGACUGCUUGCUGGUCUGUCCUAAAAGCGAAAAGGCGUCUUCUGAUGGUUCCAGAUGGUUUUAUCUCCCAUUUCUAUGCCAUCUCAGAACACGUGAGCCCUGUUUUAGCUUUUGGCUUUUUGGGACCCCGGCAGCACCUAAGUGAAGUGUGUACUAUCUUCAAGCAACAAAUCGUGCAGUACCUUAAGGAUAUGUUUGAUCAUGACAAGGUCCGCUUCACCUCAGCUCAGUGCUUGGCUGAAGACCUCCUGAAACUUUCCCACCGCCGGAGUGAGAUUUUACUGGGCUAUCUCGGAAUCGACAGCCUCACAGAGCUCAACGGUGCCCUGCCUCGAGACACAGACGGCUCUUCAGGGCUCAACUGAGGCCACUGGAAGGUCGCUAAGGUCUUAGUUGGGCUCACGCAGGACGAAUGCACUGGGCUGAGCGGUAGGGAGCUGAUAGGACUCUCAGCUCAGCCCUAAUUCUGUAUCUCCAUUAAGUGAAUCAGAAUUACUGGUUCAUUCAUCUGUGUUCUUCGACUGCUGUAAGAGGAUGUAUUUUCACCAGAUCUGAAGCAUCGCGUGUCCUGGACUGAAUGAGGCAGACCAGACGUGCUCCCAACACAGGAAGACUGGGCCUUCUACACUAUUGCUCCACACUGAUCGAGCCAGUGGUUGUAUUGUAACCGUCUCAUCAUCUGACACAUGGAAUCGGGUGGGAUAUCAUAGUGGUCAUUAGUAUGUGAAAAGAAAUGGAAUGAAAUUCUGUCGAUACUGUGUAUUUGUUUUAUAUCAGAGGGGGAAGGAUGUUUGUUAAAUCUGUGAUAAUUCUUGACAGGCUUGACAGCUGAAGAUCUGAAGGAACUAAAUGAUUUCUCUUCUCACUGAUUAUUCCUAAAUUCUCUUUCAGCUGAUGAAAUAUUUCAUCUAAUUCGGUUUAAUCGAGCAGGCCAAGUGUGUUAAAUGCUAAAAGAGAUCCUAUAAAAUGGGUUUAGGGUGCUAACAUGUUAAUCAUAUAGUAGCUGAAUUAUCCCCAAAGCUGUAUUUUGAUCGCUGACCGCCGUUUCUUCUCAUAUAAUCUUCUCAGCUGAUCUGGCUAAGAUGCAAAUGGUCAGGUUUUCUGUUCUUCUGUCAUAAUUGAUCCCUCAGAUUUUGGAUGCCGCAGAGGCACAUAAAGAAACACCCCACUACGAACAAGACCAGGUGUGAAAACAUCUGUCUGAAUGCCAUCACACAGGAUUAUUGC